GUAAAUGUGUACGCACGAAACUAGAGGACCCCGUGCGUAAGCCCCAGAUGUAUGAACGCGGAGUAUUUUCUUUUUAUAUGAAUUUAUGUAUCUAGCAGGGGGCUAAUCUUUAGCUCGAGACAUUUGGGGUGUGUUUGAUGCUGUGUGAGCCCUUCACGGUGGUACCCUGGACUUUGUUGAGCUGUAAGUAACAUGAACAGCUGUCAUGCAAGAUUUUGAAACCAGAUAGCGGCGAAAUUGUUGGAGCCACGAGAUCCCUGACUCUGUGGGAUCGAUUGUAGACUCUGAUAAAUGCUUUCCUGACCUAACCUCACAGUAUUUAUUAUAGUUUGUGUUGUAGGUCGAAAUGCUUCAGCCACACUGUACAAACACAUUCAGGUGGUCAGUCUGGCUUUUGUUGAAUUCGGUGUUAUUCCUCUUUGUGUCCAUCAGCACAGACCUAUAGCCUCCAAAGAUGAAGUCCAAGAAGAAGAAGAGGCAGGAUGAUUUCCAGAAGGUGAAGUUGAAGGUGGGAAAGCUGAAACCUAAAGCGGAUAAUGCCACCAACACAAAUUUCCGCUCCAAAGGAAUCCACAUAUCAGAACAGCUGAGGAGAGACACAAGCGGCCCCACCACUCACAGACAGCUUGGUAUUAAUGUAAGCUAUUCCAUUGUUUCUUAAUUUGACAGUAAACUGAAUCAACUCUGGAUCACUAAGAGUCUCCUCCCUCUCUUUCCUCCACCAGGACCUUCUGUCUCAGCUCCACCAUUACAAUGCCAAUGUGAAACACAGUGCCUUGUUGGGUUUGAGAGAGUUGCUGUCUCUCAAUCCCUCCUUGUUAGAGCAGCACCUGUCUCGCUUGCUUUCUGAAGUGGCAGCUGUUUUCACAGACAAGGAUGGCAAUGUUCGUUUGGCAGCGACACGUGUGCUCAGGUGAGACAAAUUCAAAUAUGACUUUAUUUAUAUGGCACUUUUCCUACAAAAAAAAUUCAAAGUGGCUCACAGAGGCUAAGAACAAAAAUAACAACAAUAAAACCCAACACUCCCACCCACACACACAACCAUGAACCCACAUGCACACAAAGGCACACACCCACUCUACACUCACCCACACAUACAAAUACACAACCGCACAAAAUGUGAGAAUUUAAGAUGUAUUGUUAGAGAGACAUGGCCUGACAAUAUAUCUUAUCUUUGACAAGCAUCUGUGAAAAGGGAAAUUCAGCAAUACAACAAAAAUGAACCCUUGGUGUUAUUUUCUCUCAUCUGUUUGAACCUGUGUUUACCUUCCAGGUUCAUUUCACAGUCUGUGCCCGCAGAACGAGUGGCUCCAUUUUUCCCCCUCCUUAGUGCCCACCUGUCUUGUGCCAUGACCCAUAUUGAGCCUGGCAUCCAGGAGGAUGCCAUGAAGGUUCUUGAUGUGAUGCUGGAGCAUUACCCUGGUCUGUUAGCUGCACGUCCUGCUGUACUUCUCACUAACUUCCUGGAGUUGAUUUCUCACAAACAAAGCAGCUCUGGUGCCAAAAAGUCCCAAGAUGCAAAGGGAAGAACAUGGGCACUGUCAGUCAACCCAAGCAGGGCUGUGACGAGUCAGCACUGGCGUCUCUCUGUUCUUUCCAGGUUUGGAUUAAAUGCUCUCACAUUUUGAAUAUUUUUUGAAAAUUCUAACAUGAAUCAUGCUACCAGAGUUACUUUUAUGUCAUUUGUAUUUCAAGGCUUGGGCGCUUCCUGCAGGCAGUGGUUGAAGAAAGACCUGUGGAGGAAAGUGAUAUUUUUGUCCAAACUGAAGGAGUAUUUGGUUCCAGUGGAGAGGGUAGGCUAACACCUCUCAACCUAAACUGGGAAGAGCUCACCUAUAACAAAGUUGGAGUCAGGGUGUAUGAGCAUUCUGGGGCCAAACCAACUCCACAGUCCACCUUCAAACUCAGGUAAGACACUGAAAAUUUCUUAAACCAUGAAGAAAUUUAGACCAGAGAGAAAAUGUGUUUUAAAAUUUAAAUUUAAAAAAGUUUCAGUUGAAUUUCCUAGAUUCUAAUCCAUGUUUUGUGUUUGCCCCUCUUUUUUUUUUUAUCAGACCGGAGGUGGAACCUGGACCCGCACUGGGUGAGGGGCUGGACUCUGCUGAUUCUGUUCAAAGCUUUGCAUCCACUCUGGUGCCUCUUCUGUUAGAAGUCUGGGUGGAAGCUAGUACCAGUGACUGUCCCUGGAAUAGCAGUGACAGUGCUCACCUGCUCACCCCAGAUGCAAUGUCAAUAAUGUUCCAAGUGUUGUCCAUCUUGCAACUGCUGAGAAAACUGGCGCCUCAGCAGGAGCACAGGGAUGCACUGGUGAGAUGAAGAGUGUAAAAAUAUCCAGUAGUAUAUUUUUUAUACAAGAAAAAGUUGACUAAUGACGGUUCUACCUUUUUGUAGGAUGCAUGGUUUCACAAAGAAUACCUGGGCGAUUUUAAGCAGUAUUUCAUGAAAAACUUUCCCUACGGUACUCGGGACACACCUAAACAUAAAAAGAAGGUCGAUAUUAAAAGGUGAGUAAUAUCAGCGUUAAAUUAAGGGCAGACAUUCUCCCUCAGCCUUUCUUUAAAGCAUUCUUAUGUAAGGUAUGAGAAAGGCAAAGAACUUCAUUUUAAGGUUGUGGUUGUGUGUAUUUAAUUUCACCUGCAAAUCUUGUGAAAUAUAGUCAAACACACAUGAAGUACCAAUGAGCUGUUGUUGCACUAAUUGAUUACAAAGAUCCAAAUCAGUGGUGGUACUAAAAUUCCUUUGCUUUCACUGCAGGACUAAACAGACUGUCGCUGCCCUGGGGUUGACAGUGGAGCCUCUGGCCUUAAACAUCACACUGUGCCAAGUCAUGGUGUCCCUGAGUCAGAGGCAAGGACUUAGCCGAGAGAUGGCCGGAGACUGGCUGACACCACUUAGGGUGUUUGUGAGAGACACUCUGAGCAGUGGAGUGAAGCUCAGCUACAGACAGCUCCACAUGCUGCUGGGAACUGUGUGGAAAAUGGUGCUCACACAGAGUAGCAAAAGUAAGCAUAUAAAGCUCGUUUAUAUAAUGUAUAAUACUUGUAUGUUGACACACAUACUAUGGACUGAGGUGUUUGAAAAAUGAGCAGACUUUUAUUUUUGAAGUCAUGAGUCAGCUGAUUCGUUUGUUUGUUUAUGUGUGUUUGUAUUCUUGCAGCAGUGACAGAGGAGCUGUUGGCAGCGGUUUAUGUGUACUACAAGCAGAGGAACCUGACUUUACAGACGCGAUCUUUGCUGCUGUCUUUCUACAGCAAACUCUACCUGCAGGUGCAAGGACACACACACAUAGCAAGGUACCUCAAGUCAUUGUUGUCUUUGCACUGUAUGGGGUUUUUAAACUGAGGACUCACAGUAUUGAGUUGAACAUAAUUUCUGCAGUAGUUUCCUGCUGAAGACCAUCAUUUUGAAAUGCCCAGUUCUUCAUUAAAUGCACCUGCUCAAGGGUCUUUACAAUAAAAGUAGGCAUGAAAAUACAUAAUCACAGUACAGGAGAGAGAAUAGUGCUUCCAACUGUUUAUUUAUUGGUUUAAGCAUUCUCAGAGGCUUUUUCAUCAUUUCAUAGUGCAUCCAUUAUUAAAUUUACAAUAUCUCUGCUGACAUUUAUUACAUAUCAAUUUAUUACCCAAUUUGAACGGGUUGUUUAUUAGAAAUUUAAGUUUUCCAGGACAUUAAUCAUGGCCACCCAUUUGAAAGAAGUAAGAAACAAACAGUGACUGUUUCAGGGACUGCCUCAUCACACUGUCAGUUGUAAAAGAGGGUUUAAGAGUAAAGUCUGGAUGUAAGAGUGUUUUCCCGGGUUUAACUUUUCCUGAAAACUCAUCUCUUUUUAGUGCUUGUUUAUAAAGAGGAAGACAGAAUAAGAAAUAGAGCGCAGUGUUCUAGUCCUCCCUAAUCUAUGUUUUCAGGAGGAAUGAUGUAACAUCUACACGUCUGCUGAAACACAAAGAUCUAUUGAAGUCUAAAUGAAAAUGCUUUGAACAGAUAGGCUUCAAUUGUGUGUUUUUAUUCAGACACAUGAUUGUUUGCGCAAACCAGGCUUUUUACUACCCCUUGCUGUCUUCCUCUGAAGGAGUAAGGUGCUGAGUCGCUGGCUGGCGUACCUCCCUGUACAGUUGUCCCAGCUGGGCCACCGCAACCCUGCCCUCUCUGCACGACUCAUCCUGUCCAUCCAGGCAGCUGCCUCCCGGGGAAACAAAGACAUGCUCAGCAGCCUGCAGACAAACGCAUGCUCACUUUACGGUAAACACUCAAUUAAAAGAGAAAAGCAAAGCGUGAUUGUUGUAGAGUUUGUAGCAUCUCGUAGCAGAAACAUCUGUUGUUGUGAAAUCGUAAUGUUGAAAUGAAACGGGAGAGAAGAGGGGGGAGCAUAUGGAUAGAAACUGUGGCACAGCAAGCAAUUUACUAUUACAAGACUCCUUUUGUCUGAGGUCUUCUGACAUCAGCAUGUGCGUCAGAGAAAGACCGUGGUGCACACACACACACACUCACACGCACAUCUCAGACUCCACCGUAGUAGCUACAUCUGUUUCUUUUUUUUUCUUUUUUCUACUGCUAGUAGGCAAGUUUUCCUGGUAUUGAUUCAUUUUCCUGUUAGAGGGUCAUGUUAAAUGCCCAGAGGGCCCCGUGCAUUGCUGUCUGUGUUUUAUCACAUGUUAAGUAUGUCGUGCGUGUGUGUGUUUGUGUGUCAAGAUUCACAGGAGGGAGUCAUAACCGUGUUACCGUCAGAGACGCAGCAGCAAAUGGUGCAGCUGCUCUACUUCCUGCCCAAGAUGCCCCAGCCCCUGCUUGCCAAUCUAAGCUGCUGCUGCACCUCUGGACGAAUCUCCGCUGGCCUCGCUGCCUCUCUGAUUCGUAUUGUUCACUUUAGGUGAGUUUUCAAAACUCUUAAGAACUGCUGAAGCCUCAUAAGCACAGUUUGAUACCAGAAGAGACAUGCUUUUUACCUUCGGAUUUAAGCGGCACAUGAAGUAAACACUGGAGACAGUCUUCCCGACCACCACCAGAUGGCAGUGUUGCACUUUUAAACACAACACUCACUGAAACUGAUACCUGUAAGACACCUUAUCUUUCUGUCGACAGGUACUGAUGUUGAGAAUGUGUGUAUUCAAAUUUAAAUGAACGAGUGACAGCAAAUAAUCACAACCGAAGCUUACCUUUCCGUGUGUGUGUGUGUGUGUGCGUGUGUGUGCGUGUGUGUGCGUGUGUGUAUGUGUGAGUGACAGUAAUGAGUAGGACACAAAGAGCUCUUUGGGAGGCUGGAAUGCAGUGUCGUCACAGAGUAGUAGUUGAGAAGACACUUCUGUCCGCAUGUGCGUGCCGACUUCAUAACAACUCUUAAUAUUCGCUCACAUUUCCUACUGUAACAGAUCUAUCCUCCCCUCGAGACAUGGGGGAGAUAUUUGAUAACGGAUUGUCCUCAAUGUUACACUGUUGCAAAACACAGCGUCAUGAAUAAUUUUUACGUGAUGCAAAAGAGGAAUAUUUACUCCAGGGAAACACAAUUUGGAAAUUAAUUUAAAUGGUUCCCCCCGAAAUACGUAGAAUAUUUGAAAAGAUGACGUUCAAUACUCAGAAAAAUGGGGUGUUCGAUCCACAUAUUUAUUUGUCUCUAAUUGUAUAACCUGGUUAUGUUCCUCAGGUCAUCUCUGAGCAGCUGGUCUGUUGGGUGCCAGGAAGCGGCCCUGCAGGAUGUGGACUACAUCAGCUUCCUGUUCUCCACCCUUACAGGCUUCUCAUCUGACAGGCUGGCCACCCUGCAGGAGGAUGACGACGACUGCCUGCCUCCCUCGCCCCUCUCACCGCUCAGCCUCUACCCCACGCCGCUGGAGCAGUUUACUCACCACUGGGAUAUUGUUGAGGUGCGUUUACAGCACGCCAUCUUUCUAACAACUACCUUACCAAAGUCACCGCUGAUGAGAAAACUUGGAUGAAAGACCGGAAAGUAUUUAAAAUUGACAAGAGCAGAAAAGACAAUGUUUGAAAAUGAAGGGUCUUGGUAUUCUGGACACAGCAGUGGUCUUUUAGUCCCCCUGGUCCCUCUCUGUCUCUCAUAAAGAGCUCAGAGGGUGAAAGCUUUAUCGUUGCACUCCGGCUGAGAGGGGAACCAUUAUCGCGUUGCACAGGUUGGAGAUGCAUGGUUAUCAGGCACGGUGGAUAUGCACAAAUGCUAAUGAGAGCCUAUGGCAUGAUGGGAGUGUGACAUUUCUGCACAGAAAUUACAGUUAACGUUACAAUGCCCUGGGGCAAGUGUGUGUGUGGGUGUGUGAACAAGAGGGGGGCUUAUAAUCACUAAUUCAGCUCCUCAAUUAAGCCCUCAGAUCCUGCCUCUCUCAUCUCCCUGUCUGAGUCAAUCAUGGGCAAGUGGCGGGAAAGAGGAGGGAGGGGACGUGGUGCCGAAAGAGGAGGGAGGGGGAGGAGGCAUUAAGGGACGGACUGUGUCAACUCCAGUUCAACUAAUGAGACAGGAUUGUUUUUAAUGAUGGGGAGAAUGCCAACAGGUGCAGCGCUCUGACACACGCCGGCUCGCUCUCACUCUCGCACUUCGGCACGCACACGCACAAAUCAAAUUGAUAAAAGCUAAUGAGAGAUUUGAUUUGGAUUUGAAGUUAACAAGGAAAAAGAUACGUCUUGUUUUCCACUUUCAAAAAGUUUCUGAGAGCUGCUAAGCCUCGAUACGCUAUGAUGCGUCUUUUAUCCCAGCAAAACAUGGAAUCAGAUACUUUUCAGUGUGACCUUGAUUCAGUACAAGCGUAUUGAGUGAAGGCCUCCUGGCUUAAUCCAGACAAUGUUGUCGAGAUACUCUAGUAUAAGAAGAACUUUAUUAAUCCCCUGAAGGGAAAUUCAAUAUGUAUACUCGUGCUCAAAUGCUUUGUUUAUUCAUAGCAGUGAUGUGUGUGUCAAGCUGUUUUUCCUGAAUCAGUCUUCAUUGACUUGAUGUAAAACUACCAAUUAUAUGUUUGAUUUUCACAUUCAGCCAAUAUUUCAUCUGAUAUGAAACUAAUUUUUGAUGCCACUGUUUUAUUUUUAGGAAGUCUGCCACUGUCUGGAAACUCUGGGUUCAAAGUCUCAGUGCUUCGACAUCUUGCAAAAUGGCAUUUGCAAGUACCUGGUAUGAAACUUCCCCACUUGGUUGAAAGUAUUACACUAUUUUCCAGUCUGAAGUCGUCGGUAAAUUAAAAAAGAGCAUAUCUGUGUGUGUGUUUCUGUAAGACCAAGUUAGGGAUUGUUCCUGACAAUAUGGCAGCCGGCCUGCUCAGAGCUGUAUCCAGACUAAUGGACCUGUCCGUCCUGCCCAUUGAGCCCGUGCUGCGCUUCCUGUCCCAGUGCUGCCUAAGCCUGCUGGCUCUGCUGGUCACCCUGCAGCAGGAGUUACCUGCUGAAACCAACCACAAAAGGUAAAACGAUACAACCUGUUACUGAUCUUUGUUUGGUGGCAAAAGUGAACAAAGAGGAGAUGUGUCCUUGUAUAACCGGAGUGUCACUACGAUAAGAAGGCUGAGCAAAUAAGUGUUUCAAUCUAGAAUCGGACCAAUAGAUAUUGCUUUAUAUCCCAUUUUUUUCUACCUGUCAUGCAUGUAGUUUGCAGAUAACAGUAACUGGGUUUCAAACACCUUUUGUCCCAUGUGCAGAGAGGCCAUAUGGGGUGCCUGUGUGUCGGCGUUGAGCACUGUUCCUCGCCUGCUCCGGAUGGUUCUGCAGUUGCUGCGAGUUGGAGAUCUAAAUGAGGAUGAGCUUCCACAGCUGGGUCAGAUCUUGUCCAUGCUGCUGCAGCACACGCCGAUCCAAAACCAGCUGCUCGCUAAUGCUCCUCUGCUGCAGGAGAUUAUACAGCAGCUCACGGUAAACGUGGAAUUAACAGGAGUUGAUUUUACAUAAAGAAAUUAAAAUCUGUUCACCUGUCAUGGCAGCUGUUAAACCUAAUUCUUUGUGUGUGUGUGUGUGUUUCAGAGGUAUUCAAGGGGGGCGACCAGGGAGCAGUGGUUGACAGACUUACUCUAUUGUUACAGUGUCACUGUAACGCAUGGCUCUUCAGCCCGCCGUGGAAACCUUGGUCUUCGAGACAUGUACUGACCCCCCUCAUAGUAACAAACUGAACAUUCACAGCUGUGUGUAGUCACUUACACAUACCUACGUUUUCACACAGGUAGAACAGUGCAAAUGUGAUUUUUCUUUUUGUUGUAAUCAAAGAAUACUCAACAUUUUGUUUUUACGGCUUUCUUUCUGUCUUAUAAACUGCCUCAGUGUCCCGUAUUUGUUCCCUUGUCUUUCUUCUAUUUGUCUUAAUUCAUCUACUUUGACAAAUGCUGUUUCUGCGAUGCCUACUGAAAGAAACAUGAUGAACUUUAGAUUGAAAUAAAUAAAACUUAAAAGGGAAAAAGAUGGAAAAGUGAACGUAAAGGCAUCAGAUUUAUGUUUGAAUUUUAUUUCAUUUUUAUAAAACACAAAUAAAAACAAACAAUGAGGGUAACAUGGAGUUUUUUUGUGCAAAUGCAUAUCAAAGUAAAUAAAAACUGCAUAGUUAAAAGUAAA